UUUAUCCAUUGCUUACUUAUUAAAUUUGUAAAAACUUGUUCAGCUGCACAGCUGCACAUAGUAAGACAUGAAGUUUUACAUUUAUUUGAUAAGUACACACGCCAAUGUCAUAAUUAGUGUUUUAUAUUCCAUGCUUCUCCGUUAACACCAGAGAUGCAGAUGUGCAGCUAGAUAAUCAAACUCAUCAUCAUCACAAAAGAGCAGUCAUAAAAAAGACUGCUUCCGAGUUAAAUUCGUGUAAUGUCCUGCAGACGGUAGUGCGUGCCAAUUAGUUAUAUUGGGGCAUUGUAAAAUUGCAAGACCUAGAAUAUUCUAAGAACUAUACAUACGUCUAAGAAAUGGAAAGGAUUCGGACUUAUAUUGCCCUUGCUUCCGUUCUCAGCAUCCUAGAAGAUCAGAAAAAUUCACUCCUUCCGAAAUAUUUGCACAAUCUGUGUGAACAAUUGGAAGUUAACAAUGGUGACGUAACUAUUAAAGUUAGUGGCUUUCAAUCUGGUUCGGUAACGUAUAGAGAAGCGUUAUCUUUUUGCUUGACGACAUGGUUAGAGAAAGCUGGCGUUAAGGGAACAAUCGCAAAUCUGAUACUCGCUCUAGAGAAUAUUGACCCGUUAUUGACAUCCGGUAUUGACGAUGGCAAGAAUGAAAAUGAUGGCGACAAUAAUAAUGCCAUGCAGGAUCAAUCUAAAGCAGCAAAUCGUCAUCCCAGCGAUGGUGCCAUACAAAAAGAAGCACACACCGUAGAUGCCAAUUCCAAAAAAACUUUUUGGCGAAAACACAAAACAUGGUUGCUAUCCGGUUGUGCAGUAUUUUCAGUAUUGGCAGUACUUAUCAUAGCACUAGUCCUGAAAUUCCCGAUUAAUUGUAAUGCCGCCGUAACAUCACCAACUUCGCAGCCAGCGUCGUCGAGCAGUACGUCAGCAGUACCCUCACCAGUGGACAUUGUAGCAACUAAUUCGUCAAGAACAAGAAACAAUAACUUCAAAAUCUUCGAUGCAGAAACGCUCGGAAAUAUUGAGUGUAAAGCUACUUUUAGAAUUCAUCUGAUAUUGCAGGACGUCGCGGCGUUUAAUUUUAAAAAUGAAAAGUUUAAAAAAUGUUUACCUCUGAUCGAAAUUUUGGAAAUUGAUGGUGGUGGAAACAUGAAGAUUGAGCUAUUUGACGAGCUCCUAUCUCAUUUAAAAAAAUUGCACAAAAUCGUUUUUCGUAACUUGGAUGAAUAUUGUUCCAAAAGUAAACCCAAAAAUGUGUAUGUUUUGGACAAUACACUGAGAAACGAAUCCUCAGCCGUACAUUUUAUCGAGUUUCGUGAUAUUGGAAUAGGGUGCGAAGAUGGAUUAAAGAAGUUGGGUCAAAUACCAACCUUACAAGCGGCGUGGAAUGUUAAAUAUCACAAUUGUUCGUUCACAGAGAGUAAUGUUCCAAAAUUUGCUGAUUUUAUCGAAAUGUCGAUCUAUCCUGUGAGCGUGAUAUGUGUUGGGAGAAAAUGUAGUAGCCUCAAGAUAUAUUUAGACGGUAGGAUACCAUUUAAUGAGGUAGAUGAAUAUGACACUUUUUUAUCAUUUACUAAAGGUUUGCUCAGUGAGGCAAAGAAAUAGGACGUUAUAUGUAAGCAUGUUUUUAUUAUAAGAUUUGAUAUUACACAAGAUAAAUGUAACUGAUUUUAUAGUUAAUAAAUAAAAUUUCCAACAUUUUA